AUGACACCUGACCGUAUAUUGGCCCUGUUUGCAUUGCUCGGACUGGCCGCGGUGGCCCUCGGCGCGCAGGAGCCCGCCAGCAGCUACAUCAGCUGCCUCAACGCCGAGCAGAGCCAAGACAAGCAGACCGUGUACAGCGAUUUUGUAUCAGGAAAACCCGUGAGGUUGCGCCUGCGCAAGGCCUGGUGGAGCGAGAAGCCCGCGCGCGUGCCGCUAACCGUCACGACUGGCCUCACGUCCAGUCGACUCGAGCAGUUGGCCCACCAGUGCGCCAGCUGGCGGGGCCCGCUCAGCGCGGCGGUGUACCUGGUCGUGAAGGGCGACGGCAAAGGCGGCGUGGGGCCGGAGGGCGAGAAGGCGCUGGCGGAUGCGGCGGACGCAGUGGCCACCUUCCACGCCAAGUCUGAGGUGGCUGAUGGCUGCCAGCUGGACGUGUCACUGCUGUACGAGGUCGUGGCGGACGAUGUCAUGACGCUGCUGUUGCCCAUCAACACCAUGCGCAACUAUGCGCUGCUGCAGGCGCGCACGCGGCUGGUGGCCAUGAUUGACGUCGACCUGCUUGUGUCGUCCAGCCUCACAGACUGGAUGGAGGUCAAGGAUAACGUCGACUACCUCCAGCGCGAGUGCGCCGCGAAGCGCGUGUUCGUGCUGCCUGCGUUUGAGACGCCGCGCAACCCGGACGCGGCGGCGGCGCACCGCAUGGCGGAGCAGGCUGUGGCGUCUGACAAGAAGGGCCUGGAGGCGCUCGUUAGCAAGAGGCUGGUGCACCAG